UUGCUCGAGUAUAAUAGGUCAUCUCUCUCUCUUCCUUUUCACUCCUCUCUGUCGCCUCUCUCUUUCUUGAUGCCGAAGCCGAAGCCACGAAGAAGAAGGAUUCAAACCUAUCGCCACUGAAGGAUCUGGUGUAAAUUGAUGAUUUUAAAAGGGAAAGAUUCUUCGAACGUCAACGUGUCCAAUCUACCAUUAGUUACAGAACUCAAUCGAGACGACGGGUGCCGGGAACAGUAAACGGCGCACUCCGGCGUAGUCUAGUCCUCUCUCCAUCAUCUUUACUCCGACUUUCGAACGAUCAUCUCUCCACAUAUUUCAUACCCUGAUCUCCGAUUCCAAGAGUAACCAUGAACACUACGCAAAGAACUUCAUCGGGGUCAUCACAAAGCCCUAGAUCUCCAUCUUCACAACCGCCAUAUCUGUCAGUUUCAGUCACGGAUCCUGCUAAAAUGGGCAAUGGCGUCCAAGCGUAUAUCUCCUACAAAGUCAUCACCAUGACAAAUUUACCCGAGUACCAAGGACCAGAGAAGAUUGUUAUUCGGCGUUUUAGUGAUUUUGAUUGGUUGCAUGACCGUCUUUUUGAGAAGUACAAGGGUAUCUUUAUCCCUCCUCUUCCUGAGAAGAACACCGUAGAGAAGUUUAAAUUCAGUGCUGAAUUCAUUGAAAUGAGGCGUCAAGCAUUGGAUAUAUUUAUUAACCGGAUAGCUUCACAUCAUGAGCUACAGCAAAGUGAGGAUCUGAGAACCUUUUUGCAAGCAGAUGAACAGACAAUGGAUAGAUCAAGGUCUCAGGAGAGUGGGAUUUUUAAGAAGAAGCCAGCUGAUUUGAUGCAAAUCUUCAGGGACGUACAAUCGAAAGUGAGUGAUGUUGUUCUUGGAAAAGAAAAGCCAGUUGAAGAAUCAAAUCCCGAGUAUGAGAAACUGAGACAUUACAUCUUUGAGCUUGAAGAUCACCUAGCUGAAGCUCAGAAGCAUGCCUAUCGUUUGGUAAAGAGGCACAGAGAGUUGGGACAAUCGCUAUCUGAUUUUGGAAAGGCAGUCAAGCUUCUUGGUUCUUGUGAAGGAAAUGCUCUUGGGAAGGCAUUUUCUGAGCUUGGAGCAAAAUCGGAGAUGUUAUCAGUUAAACUUGAAAGGGAGGCUUACCACCUCUUGAUGAAUUUUGAAGAACCUUUGAAGGACUAUGUUCGUGCUGUGCAAUCCAUCAAAUCUACCAUUGCAGAGAGAGCCAAUGCUUUCAGGCAGCAGUACGAACUCGGUGAAACAAUGAAGCUGAAGGAAAUAGAUCUGAACAAACUCAAGCUAACACGCUCAGAAAGGAUGCUCGAUGCCGAGUAUGAGUAUGAAGAGUUGAAGGGCGAUAGUGAGGAAGCAACAAGAAGGUUCGAGGUAAUCGUGCAGCUAAUGAAUGAGGAGAUUGUGCGAUUCCAAGAACAGAAAACAUUAGAUAUGGGUCUUGCUUUCCAUGAAUUUGCCAAGGGACAGGCACGCCUGGCGAAUGGUAUUGCUGAUGCCUGGCGAAGUCUCCUUCCCAGGCUUGAAGCUUGCUAAGAAAAUGGACAGUCCAGGGUACGUGACUUCCUCUGCAACCCAGAACAAAACCCCUGUUCUUCCAGUUCCUCUGAAUGACUCGGGGGCAAUUUUUGCGUUGUAAAGACUAACCGACUAGGGAGUUAUAUCUGCCAUUACAUUGUAUGAAAUGUGUUGGUUUUUGACAACUAGUUCUGGAUCUCCUAGAACACUUAUAGAUUGCAGCAGUUGGAUAAUUUCUCGUGUCUUGAAUUUAAGAUCCAUACUUACAUUCAUAUAGGUCUCCAGAUCUUGCAAUGCCGGGAAUCUUGCAUUGGUUGUUCUUUUUUUCACCUUCAUUUUAUUGGCAUUUAUUGGUAAAUACCCGCUUCCUUUUUUUUACCUAGUGUAAGAUUGUGCCUAGAAAGUGGGUCUCUUGGAUGGGAUUUAUUUAGUGUGAAAUAAAACAUUUG